AUGGAACAAAGAAAUCAGACCAUGGUUACAUUUUUUAUUAUCAAAGGAAUCUCAGACAUUCCAGAGCUGCAGGCUCCAAUCUUUUUUCUGGUUCUUUUUAUAUAUCUCUUCACUCUUGGUGGAAACAUGACCAUUGUUCUGUUGGUCUGCCUUGAUCGCCAUCUUCACACUCCAAUGUAUUUUUUCUUGGCAAAUCUAUCCAUGAUCGAUGUGUGCUCUACGACCGUCACUCUACACAAGAUCCUUCUCAUAGGUCUAACUGGGAAUCAUGACAUUUCAUAUCUCGACUGCAUUGCCCAGAUCUAUUUCUUUGGAAGCUUCAUUAGUGAUGAACUAUGGUUUCUUACUGCCAUGGGUUAUGACAGAUAUGUUGCUGUUUGUAAUCCCUUGAGAUACACAGUUAUCAUGAAUCAGAAAACCUGCACUCUUCUAGCUUCUGUCUGUUGGGCUCUUGGAUUUGUGGUAAUAAUCCCGUAUGCUGUUUUGGUGACUGUUUUUUCCUGUUACAGGUCCAACAUUGUAAAUCACUUCUUCUGUGACCUGGUGCAAGUCAUAAAACUCUCCUGCAGCAACACUUCUGUUCUGGAGACCUUGUUCAUAGUCGAAGGGGCAGUCCUGAUGGCUCUUGUACCAUUCUUGUUAACUAUUCUAUCCUACAUUUUUAUUAUCACCACCAUACUAAGGAUUCGUUCCAGCACAGGAAGACGUAAAGCUUUCUACACAUGUUCCUCACACCUCACAGUUGUUAUUCUUCUCCAUACUACCUUAGUCUAUCAGUACUUGAGGCCCAUUUCAGCAGACAGUCUAGAGUACAAUAAGCUGCUCUCCCUAUUUAACACGGCUGCUGUCCCUAUAUUAAACCCUCUCAUCUACAGCCUCAACAAUAAAGAUGUAAAGUCAGCUUUAAAAAAAAGAUUGCUACUUUUCAGAACUAAAAAAUAA